AUGGCGGACGCUGGUCUCCAAUCGCAGGCCGACCCGUACGGCGAUACCCUAGAGACGCUGUGGGAGCGAUCGAAAAAGAAACUUCCGUUUUUGAACAAUGAUUCCAAAGAACCACAUGAUUCAAUCGACGUUGAUGACAGUGGUGAUAAAGCCAAAACAGCGCACGCAAGGCGGCGGGAUCAGGUCAGGAGAGCCCAACGUAAUCAUCGUGAGCGAAAGGAGAAAUACAUCAAGUCUCUAGAGCAAGAGUUACUCCGGCUUCGAGACGAAAGAGAAUCCGUUUCCAACGAUACCAAUCGAUUAACAUCGGAAAACAGCAUUCUCAGAGAGAUUAUGCUUGCACAUGGUAUUCUCAUGCCACAGACCAGACCGCGAGAUCGCCUGGCCACUGUCACCGUCGUUGGUGAGCCCGGGUUCGGCCAGAGACUGCAAGUUUCAAUCGGUGAUGGGCCCGAGAAGAUCCCCCCAGUAUACCCGGAAGGAUUUGGGGUAACACUCACACGCAAGGUCUUUAAUAAAGCAGCGCGUUUCUUCUCAUCAUCUGCUCCUGCCAACGAGUUCAGUAUAGAUGAUGAGCCUCGACCAGAGGAAUUCAACAGCGAACUUCAAAUACGUCCAAAGAACGAUCCAAACGGACAAGAAUCACAGCAAUACGUCCCACCACAGCCUCACCCGUAUCACUUUGACGCGACCCAGGUUGCAGUGGAUUUCGUUUUAUUUCUUGAGCGUUGCUGUUUGCGCCACCGUGUUCUUGGAAGACAGGGCUUUUCUGGCCAUGCGCUCACUCUCCAGGCGCCACUUCUACUUGGUAGCCCGCCAGUGCUGUAUCACCAAUCUACAUGGGAAAUCCCUGCCAGCGAGUUAGAAAGGCUGUUCGAGCUUGCAGGAGCGCUUAAUCUGGAUGGAGAAAUCACACCAGUACAGGCAUGGCGGCUCAUCAGUGAUCAUCCCAAGUUCUACAAGCUGGAUCCACAGGGUCUGCAGCGGAUAAGCGAAGAUUUGGUCAAAAACAUUCAAUGCUUUGGAUUUGGAGCUAUCCUGGACGAAAAAACGGCCAUCAAUAUUGUGGAGCAGGUAUACGCUUCACUCUAG